GAGGCGGGGGGACUGCUGUUUAUUUGCAGCUGGGCCAACUCCGCGGCGCAGGCGGCGGCGGAGCGCGGGGCGCCCGCGGCGGGUCCAGCUGCCGCCGCACCAUGCCGGAGCCCACCUCCAGGCAGCAGCCGCACGCCGCCCGGGCCCCCUCAGGGGAGGAUGCCAGACGCCCGGGAGAGGCCAGGGCAGCGGCGGCGGCGGCGCGAUGGUGGUGACCACCUCUGCCCGAGGCGGCGGGGACCGCGCGCCCUCCCGGCAGCCGGGCUCCGGGCUUGCGCCGGCCGGGGCCGCGGCGUUGCUGGCGGGGGCCAGCUGCUUGUGCUACGGCCGCUCCCUGCAGGGCGAGUUCGUGCACGACGACGUGUGGGCGAUCGUGAACAACCCCGACGUGCGGCCGGGUGCCCCGCUCCGCUGGGGCAUCUUCACAAACGACUUCUGGGGCAAGGGCAUGGCCGAGAACACCAGCCACAAGUCCUACCGGCCGCUCUGCGUCCUCACCUUCAAGCUAAACAUAUUUUUGACUGGCAUGAACCCAUUUUACUUUCAUGCAGUAAAUGUAAUUUUACACUGCUUAGUGACCCUCGUGCUGAUGUACACCUGUGAUAAAACCGUGUUCAAGAACCGCGGACUUGCUUUUGUUACAGCAUUACUUUUUGCUGUGCAUCCUGUUCACACGGAGGCGGUGGCUGGUAUUGUUGGCAGAGCUGACGUGUUAGCGUGUCUCCUGUUCCUGCUGGCCUUUCUCUCCUACAAUAGGAGUCUGGAUCAGUGUUGUGCUGGGGACUGUUUCCCUCCCACUGCUUCUCCCUUCUUCUUGCUGCUGAGUUUGUUUCUGGGGACCUGCGCGAUGCUGGUGAAAGAGACGGGAAUCACCGUGUUUGGAGUGUGCUUGGUUUAUGACCUUUUUUCCCUCUCCCACAAGCAAGACAUGUCGAGCAACGGGGUCAUCCAUCGGCACAGCCCACAGCAGCCUCGGAGUCCCCAGCCCUCCUCACUGCCAGCCCACCCUCACCCGGAGAACGGGAAGCAGCGGUUCCCUCACAAAGGAGCUUGGAGUGGCUGUCAUUCCCCACUGCCACCAGAACCCAAGAGCAGUGGAUUCCCGGUAUCUCCGCGAGCUGUGUGGUCUCUAAUGAGGCAUCUGACAACAAGCAGCAAUAGAAAUUUCCUGCUUACCAUGAGACCAUUUUUAAAAAGGGCUGUUUUGGUCAUAAGUUAUGUGGUUGUCAUUUUGUACUUCCGUCUGUGGAUAAUGGGAGGAUCCAUGCCCCUAUUUUCAGAGCAGGAUAAUCCAGCUUCAUUUUCGCCUUAUAUUCUUACAAGAUUCCUUACUUAUUCCUACCUCUUGGCCUUCAAUGUGUGGCUUCUGCUUGCACCUGUUACCCUGUGCUAUGACUGGCAGGUGGGCAGUAUUCCUCUAGUAGAGACCAUCUGGGACAUGAGGAACUUAGCCACCAUCCUUCUGGCAGUUGUGAUGACCUUGUUGAGCUUACACUGCCUAACUGCCUUCAAGAGACUGGAGCACAAGGAAGUUUUAGUGGGCUUGUUGUUCCUGGUGUUCCCGUUCAUUCCAGCCAGCAAUCUCUUCUUCAGGGUGGGUUUUGUGGUGGCGGAGAGAGUCCUUUACACGCCUAGCAUGGGAUACUGCAUCCUUUUUGUGCAUGGAUUGAGCAAGCUCUGCACUUGGCUAAAUCGAUGUGGGGCCACCACCCUAAUUGUGUCCACAGUGUUGCUGCUGUUGCUUUUCUCUUGGAAAACUGUGAAACAGAAUGAAAUUUGGCUAUCAAGAGAGUCCCUAUUCAGGUCGGGAGUUCAGACUCUGCCCCACAAUGCCAAGGUUCAUUACAACUAUGCCAAUUUCCUGAAGGACCAAGGUCGGAACCGGGAAGCCAUCUACCACUACAGAACAGCCCUCAAGUUGUAUCCACGGCAUGCAAGUGCCCUGAACAACCUUGGAACACUGACGAGAGACACAGCAGAGGCAAAGAUGUACUAUCAGAGGGCUCUCCAGCUCCACCCGCAGCACAACCGGGCUCUUUUCAAUCUUGGGAAUCUCCUUAAGUCCCCGGAGAAGAAAGAAGAAGCUAUCACUCUUCUGAAGGAUUCCAUUAAAUGGCCAGAGUUUGCAGAUGCAUAUUCAAGCUUAGCUUCGUUAUUGGCUGAGCAGGAAAGAUUUAAGGAAGCUGAAGAAAUAUACCAGGCAGGAAUAAAGAACUGUCCAGACAGCUCAGACUUACACAACAACUAUGGAGUUUUCUUAGUUGACUCUGGCUCUCCAGAGAAAGCAGUGGCCCAUUACCAACAGGCCAUUAGACUUAGCCCAAGUCAUCAUGUGGCCAUGGUGAACCUGGGCAGACUCUACAGGUCACUGGGAGAGAACGGCAUGGCCGAAGAAUGGUACAAACGUGCUCUGCAGGUGGCACGCAAAACUGAGAUACUGUCGCCUCUGGGAGCACUCUACUACAACACUGGCCGCUAUGAGGAGGCUUUGCAGAUUUACCGGGAAGCUGCAGCACUUCAGCCUUCGCAGAGGGAGCUCCGUCUGGCACUGGCUCAGGUUUUGGCUGUGAUGGGUCAGACGAAAGAAGCUGAAAAGAUGACCAGUCACAUAGUGUCAGAAGAGACCGGAUGCCUUGAGUGCUACCGCCUCUUGUCAGCAAUCUACAGCAAGCAGGAGCACCACGACAAGGCACUCGAUGCUAUAGACAAGGCUCUCCAGCUGAAACCAAAGGACCCAAAAGUUGUAUCUGAACUUUUUUUCACAAAAGGAAACCAACUAAGAGAGCAGAACCUUCUUGACAAAGCUUUUGAGAGCUAUAGAGCAGCCGUGGCACUAAAUCCAGAUCAAGCACAGGCCUGGAUGAACAUGGGUGGAAUUCAGCACAUCAAGGGAAACUAUGUGUCUGCAAGAGCUUAUUAUGAGAGAGCUUUACAGCUGGUUCCAGACAGCAAACUGCUGAAGGAAAAUCUCGCCAAAUUGGAUCGCCUAGAAAAACGAUUACAGGAAGUUCGAGAAAAGGAUCAAACGUAGCACUAUUAGACCCUUCUCACGGGACAAUGUUGGUGCCCCUGGAAGAGGACAAGUGAUGGGGGCCAUGCUUUCACAUCCACAGGGGCACAACCAGUCAUGCAUUCCUCUCAAGACUGAGUUUGGGGUGGCAGAUCUUGGGGUGUCUGCUGGUAGCCCUGUGCUGAAGGACUUGUGUUUCCGUGAGAAAAAAAAGACAAAAACAGCAAGGGCAGGAAGAUCUGAGAGGGAAGGAAAACAGCAGCUACACGUUUUACAGAUUUUUGUUUGGUUUAACUCCAGAUUUCCCUUCAUACAUUUCUCUGUGUAUUUGCAACCUGGAGAUCUAAUUCACUUUCUCAGUUUAGACAUUUAUGUCUCCAGAAAUACAGAAGCUCGAAAUGCUAUAAAGGCAGAGCAUCUAUUCUUCAUGGGAUGAGCUAUUUCAAAGAGGAUAAAUCCUCUGGUGUAAGCCAUUUGGGAAAGUCUACCAAGUGGAGGCUCAGUUAAUUCUCCAGACCCUGAAAUGAGUAUGUAAUAGCUUUUGUAGAACCUUCUAGAAUAUAUGGGGAAAAGGGCUAUUGUUAAGUGAGCUUUAUCUAAUAUCCCCCUAAGGAUAUUACUAGAGAUCUUUUGAGGAGUAAAUUCAGUUCCACUCCGAGGCAAGUUUUUCCAUUGCCUAAUAUAUCAAAAGGGAAGCUUCUAGAAUUGUAUGGGGGUAUCUCUAUCCCUACAGGAAAAUCAAGGAGAAUGAUGCCCCUAAUUCUUUAUGGACAUGUUUAAAAUUAUUUUAAUUUUAUUACUAGAGUAGUAGUUAUUUCUACUCCAAGAUUUCAAAAGUGCAUUUAAAAUCUUAAACGUUCCCACCUUCAAAUAUAUUGUUAUUUUGGUGGAGAAAAAAAAUAGUAUAUUCUACAUAGAAAAUAUUAAAGAUAUUAACUGAGAGAAAUGUCCUACUUUAUUAUCGUAAUGUUCAGACAUCUUAAGAUUUAUUAUUUUUUGAAAAAUAUAUUUAACCAUUGAAAAAUAUUUACAAUAUAUAACAGAAAUCUUCAUAGACUCUAACUAGAUGGAAAAAUAGCUCUAUUUAUUUCUCUUCCUAGGCUUCAUUGAGAAUUCUGUGCUUAAAACAUGAAUGAUUGAAACCCAGACUUUGUCCUACAUUUAUAAUUUUGAAGAUUUCAUGGAGAAUACUCUAAAAAUCUAGGGGAAAAGUCUAAACUUAUAAUUUUAAAAAUAUAUAUUUAUAUUUAAAAGGAAGGCAAAGUUGAACUCACAAUCUGACAUUUAUUUUUAGUGUUAUUUAUUUCAUAACUUAUAAAGUAUUUAAUAUAUAUACAUACAUACUUUUUUCUCUGUACAUAAUGGUUUUAAUAGCAUCUUUCAAAACUGAUCAUAUAAAAAUAUAAAUCUGAAUUAUAAAAUAGCUAAACUUGAGCAGUCCCUCAAAAAUUUUUUUAUUGAUUAUCCACAUGCUCAAGUGAACAGAAUGUUUAGGUGGUCAUAUAUUUUGGAAAUGAAGAAAUUGGAAUACCUGGUUCCAACUGGGUCAUCAUUAUUAAAAACAAAAACACUCCAGGAAGUACUAAUCAUGGUACUGAGCCAGGUAUCACACAGAUGUAACUGCUUGGAGGUGCACAUAUUUCACCUGCUCAGGCCAGGACAGGGUAAAAAAUCCUUCUGCUUACCACCCAAGAUCAGGAAGUACUGCCCCUAUAUGUUACUCUUUCAUCUAGGUAAGUCUAAAUAAGGGGAAGUAAAUUCUUUGGGGAUAAAGGGGAGGAUGUUUUAAAUACAGAUGAUGACAUUUUAAAUUAGCAUGUACCUUUUCGAACAUAUCAGUAAUCUGAUAAUGUAUAUAUUACCACUAUAACCUUCUGUUUCUAAUGGUCUUUCAGUGCUAUAUGUCAUAAAUUUAUCUAAAAUUUUAAAAAGUAUUUUCUCCCCCUUCCCAUAUAAUACUUCUAUAGCCCUUAGGCCAAUAAGCGUAUGACAAAAUUUAUUGCAAAAUAACCCCUCACCCCCAAAUUGAAAACAGGAAGUUUCUGCUCAACUAGGACUUUAUCACAACUUUUCAGGAUAGUCUGUAACCAAAACUUAUGCUUAGAGAGUUAAUGGAAAAGCUCACACCCCAAAUUUUGAAGUAAUCAUACCUUAUUUAAAGACCCACUAAAGGUAUGAGUGUACAUUUGUUGGAGUAAUUAAAAUGCAAUUACAGUUUGAAAAUUUCUGAGGGAAAAAAGUCACAUGGCCUUUGGAAGACUUUCCUCUGCUGUUUUUCGUGUUCCCUCUGCCCCCAACCCCUCUUUCUCUAUUCUCUGUUUCAUCUGUCUGCACACAUCUGCAUCUCUUUGGACAUUAAAACCAAGCACUGUUGAAAGGUUGGGGGGAAUAAGCAUUGUUUUUUCAGUCAGUUAUUUUUUAUCCUUCACUGAAAUGUGGCCAGUGAAAUAGUUUCCUCAGUAGAAAUGGUGCCUGUAAGAAAAAAAAAUCACACAUAUUUUUCAAAGGUAUUAA